AUACAGCGUACCUCUAAGUCGUUGCUGUUCAUGAAAGGCAAUUUCACUGUAGGUAUGGGAUGGAUGAAUAGACCAUCAGACCUGGGUUUAUCCGGUCAGCCUUAAUGGUGGGGUUAUCCUCUGAAUGCAACAAGCUGAAAAUGUUCAUUGUGGGAUUGAGUGCUUAAAUGCAUAAUUGAUUAGUUGAUUAUUUAUAGAACAAAUCAACAAUUUUGAUAAAUGGUCAAGUCAGUCAGGGCCAAAAUGCCAAACUUUCAUUAGUUCCAGCUUUGGAUAUGUAAGGAUUUGCUGUUUUCCCACUGUUUUAUAGCCUCAUAACAAGAUACUGGACUGAUAUUUGACAAAACAAUCAAUUUGAAGCCGUCACCUGAGGUCAGUGGGAAUUGCGAUAGCCAUUUUUCUCACUAUUUCCUGACUUUUAAUUAAUCAGAUCGUUGCUAAGUUAAAAGAAAAAUCAUUGAAUGCUGAAACUGACAGAUUGUUUUAGCCCUAACAUAAGUCACGUUUCUAAAAGUGAACCUUUCCUGUUGCAGUUUGACACAUCUUAACUUCCAGAUGAUAUUUUGCGUAGAUGCCAGUCAGCCGUUCAUAUUGGGUUUUUCUGCGCCGCCCUCUUCAUUUUAAAUCUUGUCUCUUGUGUUAUUUAGAAAUUAAAGUUCUCAGUUUGAUCUUUUAAUGGUUUAAGCGUAUGACAAGAAAGAAAUUGGUUGCAGACAAUCUGUGGAAAUAAUUUAGUUUCAAACUGUUUUAUUCAAUUUAUUAGUUUCUCAUGCACAGAUCUCCCCGGGUUUUGUCAUUUUCAAGGACACACAUACAUCAAGGACACACUCCUUGAUGUGUGGAUAACGGAAAUAUCAGCAUUGUCGAUCAGAAUUUAUGUCAUUUAUUCUUUGUUUUCCAGUCAGUGCCUUCAUGUUUAGGCUCACUACAUUGCUAUUCCCUUUCCCGUGCUCUGCAGUAAGGCAUGAAGCUGCGUAAGUAGGACUCUGCUGAGCUCUAGGUCAUGCACCUGGGCAGAGACCACAGCACUGCAAACUGCUGCUCUGUGUGAAUAUACAACUUUUGUUUUUUUUUUAUUGCUUGAUAUGUGGUGUAAUGUCAGCUUAGCUCAAACAUCCCCACUUCUUCAGCUGUUUGAUCACUGUAUGUGUGCCAUGUAUAUUGAAUUGCACGUUUCUCCUUCAGCAGCCCACUUCACUGAGAACAAAACACAGAUGUUACCUAUCUUUACUUUUUAAGUGAAAGUCAGUCCAGAACAUCAUAAUCAGAUAAUUGCCAUUUUUUUGUUCUUUCUAUGGCACACUUUUUACCAGUUUUAUGCACAUUUCAGAUUAGAUGAAUUCUUCAGCACUGUGUGUUUGUGUGUGUGUUAUAUGUAAGUCCCGUGGCUGGUGUAUGGCCCACUCUGAUAGGCCCUGUGCGUGUCACAUUGGGGUGUUACCUUGACUACUCAGGGUCCUGUCACUUCAGUUCCUCCCAUCAUCUCUGUCAGAUCAGAUAUAGCAAGAAGAGAAAGUAUCAGCACCGCUCCUCAGCUACCAUUCAAGAUACACACGGAGAAUACACAUACCGGUAACGGGACAAGAUGAUCCUGCUUCCCCUGGCAUGGACACUGUGGACGGUAUCAUUCUGGACAUCAGGUUCGAGCCUGAUCCUGCAACAAGAGGCCGUCGCCGUUUUUUAUCCCCCGAUCCUCAGCACGCCAGUUGUUGACUGUGAAUGUUCUAAAUUUACCUGUAACUUUAUCUACUGGUUCCGCAUUGUUUCCAAUCACAGCAAAUUAGAGUUCCUGGGCAGGUACAACUAUGCUGACCGUUACAACCAUGGAGUUGGUGUGAACCAGGCACGGUUCAAAUUUGGCAGGAGGAGCAGUACAGUCUUUACUCUUCACAUCAUCAAUGUGACAGAAGAGGAUGCAGGGGUUUAUUCCUGUGUUCUUAAGGACAGGGAAAACGCAGAAGUGUGGAAGUCUGGGAUUCUUCUUCGGCCAGGAGGGGUCGCUCCAACAUUACCGCCUACAACAAAACCCAAACCGCCAGUCAAGUCAGGCUGUCGCUGCACUAAAAAGAAUUCUCCACAGGGUGGCUGCGGCUCCCUGAUUCUGUGGCCGUUGGUUGGACUUAUUGGGGCCUUGGCUGUAGCUCUCCUCUGCAUACUGUACUACUUCAGCCGGCUACCCAAAAAAUGUCGACACAAAUUUGUGAAGAAGAGGCAGAUGACUUAAAGCCCUGCAGCUUAUAUCGGACUCAGUUGGCUGAUGUGUUUCACUUGAGCUGUAGACCAAGAUUCAACCUGAAGAGCUACUCUGCCAUCAGCAUGUCAUGUCACAUUUGCUUAUAGUGAAAUUUGCACUCAGUGAAGAGUCAACAGCAACAACACAAAUAUGUAACAUAUUGUGAUAUAUUUACUGUUUUUUUGUAAAAUUACGAGACGCCUCCAGAGUUCGAUCAAUUUCAACUAAGCUCGGAGCUGUGACUUUCCUCUUGUGUCUGAUUUGGCAAUAGUCAGCAUGCAGAUGAUGCAGAUCAUAAUUUAUCCAGCUGGUUUUUCAAUUCAGUGAGGUUGGUGGUCUGUGGUUUUGGAUUUCAGAUUAGUAUUAAAUCAGGACAAAACAGGGCAAUGUUUUUCCUCAAUCCCCCGAGCUGAUCAGUUUAUUAACAGACAAAAUGCAUGCAGAUCACAAAUCAAAUCAAUAGAAAUGACAUCCUUUAUUUUCUCAUUUGCUUUUUUGUUCUCAUUGUUAUUUAUUUGUUUUUUGUUUUUUACAGCAUUUUUGUUUCUUCAUUUUUUUAAGAAACAUCUGUCUUGAAGAAAGCAGCUCUGUCAAGAUGUUUUUUCAUGUUAGCAUAAUUCUCUUACAUCAAUAAAAUUGUAUAGUUUGAAUCA